AUGGGGCCGGUCGGGGGGGUGGGGGGAAAUUACAGCCCCGGGCACGCGGGCGCGUAUGGGUACGCGGGGGAGGGCAGCAGCGGAGGCGGGGGAGGAGGCGGGCGGGGGAGCAUGGGCGGAAUGGCUGCUGGCCCGCGGGGGGACCUGCACUUGCGCAGGGCGUUUUCGGAAGAUAGGCGCGCGCUUAAUUCCGCGCCUAUGCCCGCUAGGGGCAGCUUUGCGCCGCCUGGUGGAGGUGUGGGCGCGCGGAGGGGGGAGGAUCCGCGGCAGCGAAUCCUUCCCUCCCGCGGGCUGGGGCAGUCGGGGGACAACAGCCCUAGCCGCUCCCCCGCGCGACCGCUCGGGGGGGCCGCCACGUCAGCGCCGCGUCAGCAUUAUAGAGACGAAGACGGGCGGGGGAGUCAGGGGAGGAGGAGAGAUGAUGAGUAUGAUGGGGACAGGAGGAGGAGGGGUGAUGAUGAUGAUGCAGGCAGGAGGAGGAGAGAUGAUGAGUAUGAUGCUGGUGGGAGGGGGAAGGAUGGUGGUGAUGAUGGGGGCAGAAGGAGGAGAGGUGAUGAGUAUGACGAUAGGAGGAGGGAUGAUGAUUAUGAUGGUAGGAGGAGGAGGGGGGAUGAUGACGAUGGGUACGACCCGAGGGGGGCUGGGCGGGAUAGGGAGAGAGAUGGGGGAAGAGUUGGGGAGAGGGAGAGGGAGAGGGAAGGGGAGAAGGAGUGGGACAGGGGGGAGGGCAGAUACGAAAAGGCGGAUGGGGAGGAGGAAUGGCGGUUGCGAGAUGAUUGGGAGAGAGGGAACGGGGGAAGAGGGGAUGGAGGUAGGGGAAAUGGAGGAAGUGGGGUUGUGAGAAGAGGGGAUGGGGGAAGAGGGGAUGGGGGAAGAGGGGAUGGGGGGAGAGAGGAUGAGGGAAGGGGUUUUGGGGGGAGAGGGGACGGGGUUAGGGGUUCGGGGGGAGGGAGUGGAAGGGAGAGGAGGGAGGAGUGGAGGGAGAAAGGGCGAGGAGGGGAAAGGGAGGAGGGCAGAGGAGAGGGGAGGGCUGGUGGGGGUGGGGAAGGGUACAAUAGCGAGGGGAGUGGAGAGAGGGAGAGUGACUAUGUUGAGAGAGGCAAUGUGGAGGGUGAUUAUAAAGAGCGGGAAUUGGGCCGUGAUAGGCAUGGGGGUGGUGGAUAUGAUGAUGGGUAUGGGGAGGAGGAGCAUAAGUAUGUAGAGGAUGGAGUGAGGGAGAUGGGGAGAGGUGGAGAGGAGAUGGGUAUGGAGGGAGUGAGGGAGGAGGAGCAGGAGGACGAAGCAGAAGAGGAGGAUGAAGGGCAGGGCGCAUACGAGGUUGACCCACCGGGGAGGGGAGGUUAUGGUUACGGACGUGGCGAAGAUUCUGGUUACCACAAUGACGUCACUGCUGAGCUGGCACAAGAUCCUCAUGCGCAUCCUGAUGACGUGGCAGCCGGCCACCAGGGGCAUUAUAACGAAGAGAAUUAUGGUGAUGGUGGUGCUUAUGGUGGUGGUGGUUAUCCUGGGGAGCAUGGGGGUGUUGAUGGGGCAUAUGAUGGGGAUGUUUAUGGUGGUAAUUGUGCCGGUUCUGGAGGAGGAGGGGCUAUGCCAGGUAGAUCCUCUUCAUCUGCCACUGGGCGCACUCCGAUUGGCCACACCCGAUCUAACUCCCAGAGCCUACCAAUGACAAGAGGACACGUGUCACCUGGGGGAAGAGGCGGGGAUGCGGCAGGGGCGGCAAUGGUGGUGACGCCGCCGCCCGGCACGUCGCCAGCUGGGCGGUCCAGGUGGCGCAAUAUCAUUGGCCGGCCGCUGGAGAGCCUUGCCGCCCGGUUUGAGCUGACAGGGGAGGUGCUGGGGAAGGGGUAUUUCGGAGACGUGGUGGUGUGUGUGGAGAGGGACAGUGGGGAGCAUUUCGCGUGUAAAGUCAUCAACAAGGCGAAUGUGAAGGUGAGCACUGGAGGAUUGGCUGCGGUGCAGUGGGACCCUUCCUCACCCUCCCCCUCCCCUGAUGCAGAGGACGUGCAGAACGAGGUGGCAGCUGGAGGCGCUGAGAGAGCCACUUUCCCUGGCUGGUCUGGUUUGUUGUACCAUCAUCAUGUAUUGCCCCUUGCCCGCUUUUCCCCUUCCCCCUCCUCCCCUCUAACUCCUCCCUGCCAGACCCCUGAGGAUGCAGAGGACGUGCAGAGCGAGAUGCUGGCUCUGGAGGCGCUGAUAGAGCCACUUUCCCUGGCUGGUCUGACUCCAGAGGACGCAGAGGACGUGCAGAACGAGGUGGCAGCGCUGGAGGCACUGAGAGGGCACCGGCACAUCGUUCAGCUCAUAGAGACGAUGGAGGAGCCAGAGACGGUCUAUCUGGUGAUGGAGCUGUGUCAGGGGGGCACACUGCAGCAAGCAGUCAGGGAGCAAGGGCCGUUCAACGAGCCGCAGGCAGCAGCGGUGGUGGCGGCAGCAGCAGAGGCGCUGCUGCAGUGCCACUCCAACGGAAUCAUUCACCGCGACGUGAAGCCCGAUAAUAUCCUGCUCGGGGAGCGUUUGGACGUUUCUGGGGGAGGCUUACCUGGGGACGUGAAGAUCUGUGAUUUUGGCAUCUCCACCUUCUUCCAGCCAGGAACAACAUGCAGUGAGAUAGUGGGAACGGCCUCUUUCCUCUCCCCUGAAAUGCUCGCUCAAACCUACUCUUCUCCGACUGACAUUUGGAGUCUCGGAGUCUUGCUGCACCUGCUGCUCUCGGGAUUCCUCCCCUUCCGCGCUCCCACCAAAGAGGCCGUUUUUGAAGCGAUUCUGGACGGCAGAGUAGAUUUCCGGGCAGCGCCGUGGCCGAUCGUGUCGCUAUCUGCCAAGGACUUGGUGUCGAGGAUGCUGACCGUUGAUCCGGAUGAGAGAAUAACAGCAGAGGAGAUUCUCA